GAAACACUUCCGGUGUCUUCUGGCCCUUUUCAUUCCGACGCUACUCAUUUCCACUCGGUCAAGGGACCGCAGGAAGAGGAUGGCGACGGCGGCUCUUAAGAGAUUCUGGUCCCGAGGACGCAGUGAAGCCGGAGGAGACGCGGGUGGUACGGCGACGGUCGCGGCAAAGCCAGGGGUGUGGGCGCGACUGGGCACCUGGGCCCGCGCGCUGCUUCGGGAUUACGCCGAGGCGUGCGGGGACGCGGCUGCUGCGGCGCGAGCGCGACCGGGCCGCGCGGCUGUGUACGUGGGGCUGCUGGGCGGCGCGGCUGCGUGCUGCGCGCUGGCGCCCAGCGAGGGCGCCUUCGAGGAGGCCUUGCUCGACGCGUCGGGGUCUCUGUUGCUGCUGGCGCCGGCCACGCGCAACCGCCACUCUGAAGCGUUCUUGCAGCGCUUGCUGUGGCUGAGGGGCCGCGGGCGGCUGCGCCACGUGAACCUGGGGUUCUGCUCGCUAGUUUAUGAGGCGCCCUUCGACGCCCAGGCCAGCCUCUACCAGGCCCGCUGCCGCUACCUACAGCCACGCUGGGUCGACUUCCCCGGCCGGGUCCUCGAUGUGGGUUUCGUGGGCCGCUGGUGGAUCCUGGAGAACCGCAUGCAUGAUUGCGACAUCAACGACGACGAGUUUCUCCACCUGCCUGCGCACCUCCGUGUCGUCGGGCCCCACCAGCUGCACUCCGAGGCCAAUGAGAGGCUAUUCGAUGAGAAGUACAAGCCGGUCGUGCUCACCGAUGAUCAAGUGGACCAGGCGCUGUGGGAGGAGCAGGUGUUGCAGAAGGAGAAAAAGGAUAGACUAGCGCUGAGCGAGGCCGAUUCACUGGUGCAGCCCGAGGUUUCCAGAUGAAACCCCAAGGAGCUCCUGGGUCUCCAGGCUCAGGCAUACUGUUGGCCACAGUUAGUGGAAUGGGUGGAGAUAAACGACCCUCUGUGCGAUUUAUUAUUAUAUUUUUUUUUUUGGCGGGGGGGAGCCCCGUUCUGUCUGACCAGUUUGGCGAAGCUAACUGGGAGCCUUACUUGGAGAUGGGAAGAGCUGAAUGACUUCCCCCAAAUGUGGGGAAGAGCUGGAGCAUUUGGCUUUGUUAUGCUUACCACCGCCACCGCCAGAACUAAAAGUAAGGAACCUGUACUGCGUGGCCCGUUGUAGCUGAGAAUGUACUUCGAGGGUAGAGCACUUUCCUAGCAUGCCUGGCCUUGGAGGAGGCAUUGCUCAAUGCAUCAUGCUGCGUUUCUGUGAAAACAGAACGCAAAUGAGCGGUUUUAGUUGUGUUUAUAUGGUUUGCUUUUUGAGAAUAGGACUCCCAUAUGCCCAGGCUGGCCCCGGCUCCAUCUGCAUCAGCUCCAGUGCACCACAGUGUGCCCUGCCCAUGCAUAAGUCAUGUUCAAGAGGCUACGAAGAUGACCCGAUUGCCAGUUACUCUCCAGAUCCUAAGACCGUUCACUUUGAGUGUGUGUGUGUGAAUUUUUUGAGGAAGGUCUGGCUGCUAGUCUAGAAUUCAUGAGCAAAGAUGAUUUUUCCAGGAGCAGGAAGGAUGGCUCAACAUUUAAGAGUACUGACUGUUCUUCCGCUCCUAGAGAACCCUGAUUGAAAUCUCAGCAGCCGCAUAUCACAAUCAGUCAUCUGUGGCUCCAGGGAAUCUCUUGCUCUUCUGGGUUCCUCUGGUACUAGGCAGGUACUUGCACAAACAUCAUACAUGUGCACACGUUUUAAAAAAAUGAUCCUCCCAAAUGACCUUCCAAUAUUGGGACUACAACCAUGUGCCAACCUGCCUAACCUCAGAGGUUUCUUUUUCAAUUGGAGCUCAGAUGUAUGUGUUUGGGGUUUUUUUGUUUGUUGUGUUUUUUGGUUGGUUGGUUGGUUUUGAGACAGGGUCUUACUAUGUUACAGUGGUGUGCCUGGAACUGGCUAUGAAGAACAGUCUGGCCUCAAACUCACAGAGAUCUGUCUGCUUCUCAAUUUUUUUCUUUUUCAUUUUUCAGGAGAGGGUUUCUCUGUGUAGCGCUGAUUAUUCUGGAACUCUCUUUGUAGAUCAAGCUGGCCUUGCCUCAGCCUCCUGAGUGCUGGGAUUAAAGGCGUGCCUCACCACACCAGGCUGCCUCUCAAAUUUUGAAAUUUUUGGGGUUUGUUUUGGUUUGUUUCUAGAAGUGGUCUCACAGCCCAGACCAGCCUCAAACUCACUAUGUAGCAAAGGAUGGCUGAAUGAUCCCCUUUUUUGCACUUCCCAAAUGGCCAUGCAUUGUUUCUGUUGUAUGAAUUGUUAUUGGUAGGCUUUUGUUUAGUGGUAGGCAUUAACUCCAGGAUCUUGUACAUAUUAGGUAAGCACUGUACUUGGGGGUUUUUGUUUUCUUUUGUUUGGUAGUCUCCUUAUGUAGUCUCUGUGGACCUUUGACCUAUCUUGUGUUAGCUAGUAACAUUUUGUAUAACUAUUAGUGCAGAGGAUAGGUUCAGAGGCUAACAGAUUUUUAGUGUAUGUAUGUAUGGCAGCAAUUGCAAGCAAGGUGGGAGGCUGGAACAUGUUCUGUCCCAAAGCUUACAUGCAGUCAUAUGUUAUGAUACUGCAGGGAUCCUGGAAAUAGUUCUGUGGAAAGGACCAGGGUCGGGCACACAGGUUGGAUCAGGCAAGGUUCUGGUAAUUACCUUUCAAACUAAAAUAUUAGGAGAACAAGACCACCUAUGUCGGCUGGCCUGUGGCUGGUCACUAAGAGCAGGAGAUCAGUCAUCUUUGUCGUGGGUUUGUUUAUGGUGCCAGGCUUCAGCAGACUGAGCUGCCCCCAGUCCUGGUGGUGGGUGUUUGUGUGUAUGUUGCCUCUUUCAUUAUCAAAUGUACUGAAAGUGUGACAGGUUUUUUUAUUUGGCUGGUUUUUUGAGACAGGGUUUCUCUUUGGGGACCUUUCUGUCCUAGAAGUCAAGAGAGCCCCUAUCUUUGCUCCCUGAGUGGUAGGAUUAAAGGUGUGUGCCACCACCUCUGGCGUUUGUUAAAUCCACAUCUUCUGAUCAGAUGAUGAUGAUGAUGUCAAUCCACAUCUUGAGGACUGCUGAGGUGGCUCAGCAGCAGGUGAAGGCACAUUCAGCCAAGCUGAACCGCCUUGGUUCAUGCCCUGGAACUUACUUGGUAGAAAGAGAGAACUAAGUCCUCCAAGUUGUGACCUCCACGUACACAAAAUAAGUUAAAAUGUAAUGAGAUUUCUAAAAAAUCCACAUCUUCAAAUUUUAAAUGUUCUAAUUAGUGUGUAUUAAUGAUACAUACAUGAGAUUCAUUAAAGCAUUUCCUUAUGU